UCAUAAAAGGGAAGGUUAAUUAAAAAAUGAACUCCCCCCUCUGAUUUUAGAAAGUAUAUACAGUGUCCAUCUUUUAAAAUCCAUCUUUAUAUGUACUUCUAAAACAACAGCAAACUCAAAAUUUUUAUGACAACGCAAGGCAACUAGGAAUUUCUAAAAAUGCUUAUAGAUGCAAUUUAUUAGUAUUGACUUGCAGAAUACGAUCUUACAAAACCAGAAAAUUCACGUAUUUAGUGUCUACUAGGCGUUAUAUAAGAGGAAGGAAUCAUUUUUAAAAAUAGACUUUUCUUAUGAAUGGUGCGAUCGAUCCUUUCCUGAAGACUAAGGAUUUUCUCCGAAUUUGAGUGUCGGUUCUUGGGAAACCAAACUACGCUCUAGGGUGAACUAGACUUUAGGGCGUUUAUUCUAAGACUCAUCUUGACCUUCUCAAGAUGGCGUCAAACCUUUUACUAUAAGCAUCACGCUUACUUCACAAUUUCCUCUAUGGCUUCCACUUCCAGUCCAAAGGCCCAACUUCUGUCCGAGGUUGUGACGGCACACACGUUACGUUAAGGAGUUUUUUUCCCCCUGACAGAAGGUUUUAGGAAUAUAUAAAGUGAUAAUAAUUGCACGUAUCUUUGGAUUUUCCUAUCAUAGAAGGCUUUUAGUUUCCUUUUCGGCGGCACAAAAAUGGGCUUUUGAUCAGGCGCGCGCCUCGGACGACUUCUAUUUCCACGGGUCUUCGUCGGCCGAGGAAAGACCCGGGAAUCACUGGAAACGCAAGAUGGCGACGGCGGCCGCAACCUCGGCUUCCGAGCCGGAGAGCGAGCCCAAAGCGGGGGCCAAGGCUGAGGGAGAGGAGGACGAAGUUAAGGUGGCUCGGACGAGGAGAAAAGUGUUAUCCCGGGCUGUGGCCGCCGCGACGUACAAGACUAUGGGGCCGGAGUGGGACCAGCAGGAGGAAGGUGUGAGCGACAGCGAGGGCGAUGAGGAGUACGCCAUGGCUUCCUCCGCGGAGAGCUCCCCGGGGGACUACGAGUGGGAGUACGACGAGGAGGAGGAGAAGAACCAGCUGGAGAUCGAGCGGCUGGAGGAGCAGCUGUCCAUCAACAUCUAUGACUACAACUGUCACGUGGACCUGAUCAGGCUGCUCCGGCUGGAAGGGGAGCUCACCAAAGUGAGGAUGGCCCGCCAGAAAAUGAGCGAGAUCUUCCCUUUGACUGAAGAGCUCUGGCUGGAGUGGCUGCACGAUGAGAUCAGCAUGGCCAUGGAUGGCCUUGACCGGGAGCAUGUGUACGACCUCUUUGAGAAAGCCGUGAAGGACUACAUCUGUCCUAACAUAUGGCUAGAGUAUGGCCAGUACUCAGUCGGUGGGAUUGGUCAGAAAGGCGGCCUGGAGAAGGUUCGCUCUGUGUUUGAAAGGGCGCUUUCCUCUGUCGGUUUGCAUAUGACCAAAGGACUGGCCAUCUGGGAGGCUUACCGAGAGUUCGAAAGUGCCAUUGUGGAAGCUGCUCGGCCCAUAGCUGGCUUCCUUUCCCCUUUUGACCGGGAACAAACCUUUGAUUCACAGCUUGAGAAAAUCCACACUCUGUUUCGGCGACAGUUGGCGAUCCCGCUCUAUGAUAUGGAGGCCACAUUUGCAGAGUAUGAAGAAUGGUCGGAAGACCCCGUACCGGAGUCGGUAAUUCAGAACUAUAAGAAAGCACUGCAGCAGCUGGAGAAGUACAAACCCUAUGAAGAAGCGCUGUUGCAAGCAGAGGCACCGAGGCUGGCAGAAUACCAGGCAUACAUCGAUUUUGAGAUGAAAAUUGGCGACCCUGCUCGCAUUCAGCUGAUCUUUGAGCGUGCCCUGGUGGAGAACUGCCUUGUCCCAGACUUAUGGAUCCGUUACAGUCAGUACCUAGAUCGGCAGCUGAAAGUAAAGGAUUUGGUUUUAUCUGUACACAGUCGUGCGGUCAGAAACUGCCCCUGGACGGUGGCCCUGUGGAGUCGAUACCUCUUGGCCAUGGAGAGACAUGGAGUUGAACAUGGAGAGAUUUCUGUGACCUUCGAGAAAGCUUUGAAUGCUGGCUUCAUCCAGGCCACAGAUUAUGUGGAGAUUUGGCAGGCGUACCUUGAUUACCUCAGGAGAAGGGUUGACUUCAGACAAGACUCCAGUAAGGAGCUGGAAGAGCUGAGGUCUACAUUCACUCGUGCUUUGGAGUAUCUGCAGCAGGAGGUCGAAGAGCGUUUCAGUGAGAGUGGAGAUCCAAGUUGCACGAUCAUGCAGAACUGGGCAAGGAUUGAGGCUCGGCUGUGCAAUAAUAUGCAAAAAGCUCGGGAACUCUGGGAUAGCAUCAUGACCAAAGGAAAUGCCAAGUAUGCCAACAUGUGGCUCGAGUAUUACAACCUGGAAAGGGCACAUGGGGACACGCAGCACUGCAGGAAGGCUCUGCACCGGGCUGUCCAGUGCACCAGUGACUACCCCGAACACGUCUGUGAAGUGUUGCUCACCAUGGAAAGGACAGAAGGUACUUUAGAAGACUGGGAUGUAGCUGUUCAGAAAACUGAAACCCGCUUGGCACGUGUCAAAGAGCAGAGAAUGAAGGCUGCUGAGAAGGAAGCAGCCCUGGCGCAGCAGGAAGAGGAGAAGGCGGAACAGCGGAAGAGGGUGCGAGCUGAGAAGAAGGCCCUGAAAAAGAAGAAAAAGCCCAGAGGUGCAGACAGGCCCAGAGAGGAGGAGAAUGAGAAAGAGUGGGGCGAUGGUGAUGGAGAGCAGCCUGCCAAGCGCAGAAGGGUGGAGAACAGCGUGGGCCCGGCAGGAGAGGCUCCAGUCACAGAAGAGGAAACAGGGCUGUCGGGGAAACACACAGCUGUGGACGUUGAGACUCCUUCAAAGCAGAAGGAGAAGGCGGCUGCCCUGAAGCGGGACAUGCCCAAGGUGCCCCACGACAGCAGUAAGGACAGCAUUACUGUCUUUGUGAGCAACCUGCCCUACAGCAUGGGGGAGCCGGAGGUGAAGCUCCGGCCACUCUUUGAGGCCUGUGGGGAGGUAGCGGAAAUCCGCCCCAUCUUCAACAACCGUGGUGACUUCCGGGGCUACUGCUACGUGGAGUUUAAGGAUGAGAAGUCGGCCCUUCAGGCCCUGGAGUUGGAUCGGAAGAACGUGGAAGGGAGGCCGAUGUUUGUCUCCCCUUGUGUGGAUAAGAGCAAAAACCCUGACUUUAAGGUGUUCCGGUACAGCACCGCCCUGGAGAAGCACAAGCUGUUCAUCUCGGGCUUGCCCUUCUCCUGCACAAAGGAGGAGCUGGAAGACAUCUGUAAGGCGCAUGGCACUGUGAAAGACCUCAGACUGGUCACCAACCGGGCUGGCAAACCAAAGGGCCUGGCCUAUGUGGAGUACGAAAACGAAUCCCAGGCAUCGCAGGCUGUGAUGAAGAUGGACGGCAUGACCAUUAAAGAGAACGUCAUCAAAGUGGCAAUCAGCAAUCCCCCUCAGAGGAAAGUGCCAGAGAAGCCGGAGGCCAGGAAAGCACUGGGCGGCCCCAUGGUGCCGCGGCAGAUGUACGGAGCGCGCGGGAAGGGGAGGACCCAGCUCUCUCUGCUGCCUCGUGCUCUUCAGCGCCCUGCCGCUGGCCCUGCGCAGGCGGAGAACGGCCCUGCCCCGUGCCCAGCAGUCGCCACCUCCGCAGCCAGCGAGGCGCCCAAGAUGUCGAAUGCUGACUUUGCCAAGUUGCUUCUGAGAAAGUGAACGGCACUCUGAGACAAGAAAUGCCUUACUUCACACUGGCCAGGCAGACCACCCACUACCCAGCGGCACUCUGGGGACGGAAGGCUGGUGCAGCAUCUGCGGGCUUCUGGGGACUCUCCCCAUGGCUAGGACAGAAGGGGACAGAGCGAGAAAGCUUGUUCCCAGGACAGAGACGUUGAGUGCUCCCUCACAUUGAGGGCAGGUGGAGAGGGUGCUCGCCCCACAGGCUGGCCGAGGGCGGCCGUCCCAGCACGCUGUUGCGUCUUGAAGAGUGAGGAGCGGAAGUGACCCUGGAACACGGCUUCUGAGAUGCACUCGUUCCGAUGCUUCUGGCCCUUUUUAUAAGAUACUUCUUUCACGCCCUGCACAGAACCUGUGCCCGUCACUCUGAAUUUUUAAAAGACAAAAGAUGAGAUGGCAGAUACGAGUGACUCACCAGAAUGGCCUACUUUAGUUGGGGGGGGGUCACAUAAAAACGUCAGUGGAUUUUUGUCCAAGCAGGUUGUGCGUUUUUUCUAUUAUGUAUUUGUAAAGGACACAUCUGCAGUUGUUUUAUGUUUCCUACAAGCAGAACGUUUGACAACUCUUGUUUAAUAUAGGAAUUCUGAGUGCCCCCGGCUGUGCGCCGUUUUCUUUCCUAGUGAUUAGUGAUCUGUGUUGUCUAAACGUUGAGUUUCUGCCCUUUGGUUCUGUUUAAAUGCCAUGUCAACUGCAAACUUCAAUUCUCAAAAUAUUUAGCUUUGUUUAUUAAACCGAAACUCUCUUAAAAAUGUCUUGCCCUGUGGUACUCAGGCACUCACAGGUGGGUGUAUUUUGAAAUGGGUGUACCUUGCUUUACCUGAUAGUUGUGUAAAUAGAAGUUUUGUAAGUCAAA